GUCAGCCAGUAAGUAGAGGAAGGAGGGGGGAGGUGGUUCAGGCCAUACUAGGGUCACAGGCGUAGCAGGAAGCUGAGGGCCUGGCUGCCUUACAGAGGGUGUGCAGUUGCUGUUUGGGCCUGAGCUGCAAAUCUAGAGGAAGAGCAAUAACAUUGCUGUCCCCCUAUGCGAUGUAACCCACGCAGGGACAGAGAGAGACUACAGUGCAGGAAGGUUACUCCGCUGCAGGAGGAAACGUUCAAUCUCCUGUCAUGGAAAUGUCAUCCAUUCUAGGUACAGAGUAUUGGGGGAGAAAAACGACUGGAGACGUUCUUUACGAGGCUCUGGAAAAGCUGACCGAACAUGAAUUAAAACAGUUUAAGGACGUGUUGGCUUGUCUGCCCACCCGAGUCCCCAUCCAGCCUGAGCGGCUGCAGAAAGCGGAUUUUCUCGGCACAAAAUACAUUCUGCUUGAUGUAUUUGGAGAGGAAGCGGCGCUGGAUGUUCUCAUACGGGUCUUCAGGCUGAUCGGUCUUACAGAACGCGCAGAAGAUUACCAGCAUGAAGCGAUCAGUAUCGUGAAAACCCAGAAGUUGUAUUUAAGCAAAGCACUCGAAGGCUGCAGAGAAAAAUACAUGGAAGAAAUGAGACAGUCGUACUAUGCUAUUAAACAUCACGAUAAAAGGAUAGGGGAAGAUUUCAAUCUGAAGAGAAAAUACACCAGUAUUGUACUAGAGAAGAAGCUGCAUAAAAUUACAGCCGCAGGCCAGAGGCAUCGACGAACUAUGGCAAAAGGAUCUUCGGAUGAGUAUUCCCCCACCACCAUUCAAGACCUCUUCAGUCCGGAUGAUGUUGGGAUUAUUCACAACACUGUGGUGUUACAGGGAACUGCGGGGAUGGGAAAAACGAUGGCAUGCCAAAGGCUCAUGCUGGACUGGGCCUCCGGAGAUCUAUAUAAAGACCAGUUUAAUUUUGUGUUCUUCAUAAGCUGUGAAGAAAUCAACACCUUCAAGUCUGAGAUAAGCCUUUCAAAAUAUUUAUCCAGAUGUUGUUGGCUCUCUGGUCCAUACUGUUUGCUGCGCUCAAUCUUCAUGAAUUCUGAAGGAAUCCUGGUUAUUCUUGAUGGUUUCGAUGAGGUGAAUCUGUCAUCCAUGAAGAACACAGAGGUUUGCGAAGACCCUUUUCAGGAGGUGUCCAAAGAUAUCCUCCUGAACAGUUUGUUUAGGAGAACGUUACUUAGGGACUGCUGCCAAAUCAUCACCACGAGGCCAUUCUCAUCGAUGAAGCUGACUGACUUAGUUUACUCUCCUCAGUAUGUGGAAAUUCGGGGGUUUACAAAGAAUCAGCGAGAAGAAUAUGUCUACAAAUUCUUUAAUGCCAGAGACCAGGCGGACCUGGUUUUUAAUAUGAUUAAGGACAACGACACUCUGUUUGAUAUGUGUUAUCUCCCUUUAAGUGCCUGGAUUCUAUGUACGGUAAUGAAACAGUUUCUAAAACUUAGAUUACGUCUGCUAGAUUCCAUGCCUUUCACCUCCAUUUACCUUUGGUAUCUAAAGGCAUUAAUAAAGUACCACGGAAGGACCUAUGACCAGCCUUUAGAGAUCUGUCUAAAGAAGCUGUGUAGUUUGGCCAUUGAAGGAGUUUGGAAUGGCAGAAAUGUGUUUGAAGAAUCAGAUCUUGCAAGGCAUGGGGUUACCAUCUCAGUAUUUGAGUCUGUAAUUCUGAAGGACACAAUCUCUCAAAGGGGCACAGAGCCCAGCAUCUGUUACAGUUUCAUCCCUUUUGGUAUACAGGAGGUAUUUGCCGCUCUGUACUAUGUCCUGGAUGAGAAACAGAUCAAGUUCGGAAACUGGAAAAUGAAAGAUCUCUUGGAGGCGUCAGAAGACCGGCCACAUCUAAAAUCAACUGUACGGCAUUUAUUUGGUGUUUCAAGUGAAAAACAAAUUCAGGAGGCUGAGAGAACUGUUGGAUAUCCCGUUGCCUUCCGAGAAGAACCUGAGUUGGAGCAAUGGGUGAUGAGACACCCAUCAGACUACCACAAUGAAGUAUUAUGCUGCCUGUACGAGGCAAAGGCUAAGGACUGUGUGCAGAGAAUAAUGUCACACUCUCAAAACUUGAAACUUGAAGGUUUCCAUGGCAAAAAUAAGGACCAGGCAACCAUCACUUGCCGAGCUUUGGCCUACUGCUUGGAGAACAGUUCAGUGAGGCAUACUGUUUUUUUUAAGGAUUACAUUUUAGGACCAAUUUAUCGGAAUGUUCUAUCAAAAGCACUCUCUAGAUGUUCAGAACUUCGCUUUGAGGGAUGCAAAUUUCCCAAAAAAGAAAAAGCCCCAUAUUGGGAAGAGUACAGUGUACCGGAGUUCUUUAAGGAAGAUCAGAUGAGGAAACUAACGUUACAGAGAUGUGGUCUGACUUCCUCCAGCUGUGACGAUCUCCGCUCUGUGCUGAUUACAUGUCCCUACCUGAUGACACUGGACCUGUCGGAGAAUAACCUGGGGGACAUUGGAAUAAAGCUUCUGUGUGAGGGACUGAGACAUCGAGACUGUUAUCUACGGGUACUUCGGUUACAGGCCUGUGGUCUCACCUCCUCCUGCUGUGACUAUCUCCGCUCUAUUAUUACUACACACCGUUUUCUGAUCACACUGGACCUGUCAAGGAAUAAUUUGCGGGACUCAGGAGUAAAAGUGCUUUGUGGACUAGGAUGUCAGCCUUCUACCCUACAGGAACUCAUGUUACAGGACUGUAAUCUGACCUCAUCUUGCUGUGACGAUCUCUGCUCUGUACUUACUACAAACCGCUCUCUGAUGACGCUGGACUUGUCUGAUAAUCAUCUGCAGGACGCUGGAGUAAAACUUCUGUGUGAUGGACUGAGACACCCAGCCUGUACCCUGCAGGAACUUCGGUUACAGAUGUGUGGUCUGACCUCCUCCUGCUGUGAGGAUCUCCACUCUGUUAUUAGUAAACACCAAUCGCUGACCACCCUGGACCUGACCAGAAAUAACCUGCAGGACCGUGGAGUAAAACUUCUCUGUGAGGGACUCGGACAUCCAGACUGUACCCUGAAGGAGCUGUGGUUAUGGAGAUGUCAGCUGACCUCUUCCUGCUAUGACGAUCUCCACUCUGUUCUUACCACAAACCGCUCUCUCAUCAUCCUGGACCUGAGGGGGAAUAAUCUGCAGCACUGUGGAGAGAGACUUCGUCAGGUUGCGAAGCAGCCUCUGCAGCUUCUGGUAUCCACCUGCGCUUUUCGGAAAUGGCGUCUGGAUAAAAUUGCAGAACAGCCCAUAUGACUCAGAGAUUGAUUGGCAGCGUACGCCCUAUAUAACAUAUGGAGGGCGAUACAACCGGCAGAGAGGACUACACGCUUCUCUCUUCGCACCUCCACACUAAGCCACGUGUUAAUCGAAUCGCUACGGCAGUUUAUCGAUUUACCUUCCAAGCUAGUCCAGCUUGUGCUGAUAUUCAUGUUCCAUACCAGCUCUCCUGAUACCCUUAACCACUUGCCUGGCAUGGUGGCAUCAGAUGCAACCACAGUAGGCUGUGCUUUCCCUGAUAUGGUCGCAUCUGAUGCAACCUGUCAGGAAGCCCACUGUAUGGCUGCAAGAAGAGAAUCUUCCUGCAGUUGCCGGGUCCCUCUGCUACCUAAUUCCCCCCUCCCCCUCUCCUAGUGCCUUGUGUUCUGCUGAUCACUCAUCAGUCAGCCCAGCAUCACCCUCACCACCACCACCACCCCCACCCAGCGACUGCAGACGUUAGCAGCCACUGUGGAAAUGUGAAAAAGCAGCCCCUUACCUUUCCUCCGAGAGAAGCAGGGGCCAAAAAAGUGGAGUUGCGAUGGUCACAAUAUUCCGGCUGUGGAUGGUUCCAAUAUUUCUGCAAUGGAUGAUGUUACAGAUGUUCUAAUUUUUUUUUUAGCAAAAUGUUUUUAAUUUUUAUAUAAAAUUAUAUUGGAUAUAUUUUAAAUAAGUGUUCUUAACCUGAUUUCAAUCAUAAAAACAACAAUUUUUGAAACUUUUUGGGAAAAAAAUAUUAGCCAGUUCAGUGGUUAAUUCUGUGGUAGGAGGAGCUGCCCUUCAGGCAUCAAACAAGCAAGUAUGGAGACACCAGAGGACAAGAUUGCAACUUUGGAAGUGCAGAAUAAGUCUCAAUAAAAGACCAGGGUCUCUCACUCUCCCUAGGGCAAUGGGAGACUAUAUUUAUCAAUCCCCCAAGUGUCUUAAUCAUAUAGAAUUUACAUACAAAUUAAUUUCUUGUUUCUUCUUCACAAUGAUAAAACUUUAUAAUAUGUCCCCAAUGUAUCCAGGCAUAGGCCAGUGAUGAAAAUAUUUUUCAUAUUGGUGCUGCCAAGUUUGAAGAUCAUUUUUGAAAAUGGGUUACCAUUAACUGAGCGGCUAUGAAUCUGGGAACCCCCCAUCCCCCAAGUUAUUUAUUACAAUUAAAUCUAAGAUCCAAAUGAUCCAUAAGGUGGAGUCCAUUGGUAUGAAGUACACAGCAAGCUCCUGUAAUCCCUUGGUCACAAAGAUGGAAUGGAAGAGGGACAUUUCCUAUCAGAUGUUGCACAAGGUUGUGUCUUCUGUAUAAACUUGCACAAAUUGUUCUACCUUUUUGCACUUUUUUAGAAUUAAACCCUUUGGCUGGUGUGUGGCUUUGAUUUCCUA